GAUAUCGAUGAAUGCAGCAACGGUAGCCAUGAUUGCCACCAAAAUGCAACUUGUGCAAAUACCCCUGGACGCUUUAAUUGCAGCUGUCAGUCAGGAUUUGCAGGAAAUGGCCGCCAAUGUAAUGGUAUAAUGUUGCACGAUUUUCAAUUGAUCUGAAAGUUUAUGUCGAUCUUGAAUUAUGUUUUACAUUUUUUUACCCUUCUUUUUAAUUAGAUAUCGAUGAAUGCAGCAACGGUAGCCAUGAUUGCCACCAAAAUGCAACUUGCAUAAAUAUCCCUGGACAGUUUGAUUGCAGCUGUCAGUCAGGAUUUGCAGGAAAUGGCCGCAAAUGUCAUGGUAUAAUAUUGCCCGAUUUUCAAUUGAUCUGAAAGUUUAUGUCGAUCUUGAAUUAUGUUUUACAUUUUUUUACCCUUCUUUUUAAUGAGAUGUCGAUGAAUGCAGCAACGGUAGCCAUGAUUGCCACCAAAAUGCAACUUGCAUAAAUACCCCUGGACAGUUUAAUUGCAGCUGUCAGUCAGGAUUUGCAGGAAAUGGCCGCCAAUGUCAUGGUAUAAUAUUGCACGAUUUUCAAUUGAUCUGAAAGUUUAUGUCGAUCUUGAAUUAUGUUUUAAAUUUUUUUACCCUUCGUUUUAAUUAGAUAUCAAUGAAUGCAGCAACGGUAGCCAUGAUUGCCACCAAAAUGCAAUUUGUGCAAAUACCCCUGGACGCUUUAAUUGCAGCUGUCAGUCAGGAUUUGCAGGAAAUGGCCGCCAAUGUCAUGGUAUAAUGUUGCACGAUUUUCAAUUGAUCUGAAAGUUUAUGUCGAUCUUGAAUUAUGUUUACAUUUUUUUACCCUUCUUUUUAAUUAGAUAUCGAUGAAUGCAGCAACGGUAGCCAUGAUUGCCACCAAAAUGCAACUUGCAUAAAUACCCCUGGACAGUUUGAUUGCAGCUGUCAGUCAGGAUUUGCAGGAAAUGGCCGCAAAUGUCAUGGUAUAAUAUUGCCCGAUUUUCAAUUGAUCUGAAAGUUUAUGUCGAUCUUGAAUUAUGUUUUACAUUUUUUUACCCUUCUUUUUAAUGAGAUAUCGAUGAAUGCAGCAACGGUAGCCAUGAUUGCCACCAAAAUGCAACUUGCAUAAAUACCCCUGGACAGUUUGAUUGCAGCUGUCAGUCAGGAUUUGCAGGAAAUGGCCGCAAAUGUCAUGGUAUAAUAUUGCCCGAUUUUCAAUUGAUCUGAAAGUUUAUGUCGAUCUUGAAUUAUGUUUUACAUUUUUUUACCCUUCUUUUUAAUUAGAUAUCGAUGAAUGCAGCAACGGUAGCCAUGAUUGCCUCCAAAAUGCAACUUGCAUAAAUACCCCUGGACAGUUUGAUUGUAGCUGUCAGUCAGGAUUUGCAGGAAAUGGCCGCCAAUGUCAUGGUAUAAUAUUGCCCGAUUUUCAGUUGAUCUGAAAGUUUAUGUCGAUCUUGUCGAUCUUGAAUUACUGUAUUUAUUCGAAUAAGCGCCCAACCUCGAAUUACCGCCCACCUCGAAUAAGCGUCCAUCCUAAAGGCAAAAAAAGUUAAUAAGCGUCCAGCCUCGAAUAAGCCCUCAACCACUCCUCCUCCCAAUCAAACUCAAAUAAGCGCUCACCUCCACCCAACCCACUUGAGUGAAUAAGUUUUAAUAAGAGACUUCCCCGAGGACCAAGUUUUCUUCAGAGUAUUUUACAGAAACCUUGCUUUGUUACUGCUUUGCGUUUUGUUAUCAGCAUUUAUCGUUUUGUUGCAAAAUAAACAUACUUCACUUGCUGAAAAUGGUGAAAAUUUAUUAAGCGCCCAGCCUCGAAUAGGCGCCCACUCUCAAGGUCCAAAAAUUUAAUAAGCGCCCAGGGCGGUUAAGGUGAUUCCCUAGUAAAAGAACCUAUCAUAGAUUGUAGAUGAAACUUGGUACACUGAUGUAACAAGUCAAGAAGAUGAUAAAAAAGUAAUAAAAAGUGGGGGUCACCGUGCUCGUUUUGACGUCACAAUGCUGAGAAAUACGGUUAAUUUGGACCCUUUGUCAAAAACUGCGCGCAGCCCAAAACUAGACAAAAGCGAGAGAUUUUUUCGAUGAUGCAUGUGGUAUCGCACAGAAUUUGACUUUAUUGUAUUGUUUAUCCACUUACAUACCAGAAAAAUACCUUUUAAUGCUCCUUUUUUUAUUUUACGCUCCAAAGUAGAAUUGAAUUGGACACACGCUAUUCGACCCGUGAUAGCUCAAUCCGUACAAUUUAGUAAAACUGCCAAAAAAGUGAACAUAGAUUUGUGCCAAUUUUUUUUCUCAUCGAAAGCAAGCACUGUCCUUAUUAAAAUCAUGAAAUAAAAAAUGGGGUCACCGUACUCGUUUUUGCGGUAGAGCUGCAGAAAGUGCGCACCAAAUGCAUUUUCUCCAAGUUUUGAGAAAGGACUGGGGUGAGUUUCAAAAUAGAAUGUAUGUGAAAGGGGGAAGAAAGUAUUAAAAAAUCUGUUUUUACAGAAUUUACAUCGAGAUAUCACAUUUAGGAUACAAUGUGAUAAAGAAAGCGUUUAAAUAAAAAUCAAAGUGAGUAAGCACAAGUUAAACAUCCACUAUCGAGGUUCUCCGUGAGGAAGUCGAACUCAGCAACACGCGUACUGCCUACGUUAUGCACAUUCCCAACACAUUGAGUCUCACCUCGGCAAGAAACAACCGCAAGCAAAAAUUCCAAUAGCGUUUCUCUUCAGUCAACUUCAUUUUAAUAAUGUUACUUCACAUGCUCUUUUUUACGGCGGCCAUCUUGUUAUGCGCAGUAAGAGAUGCGCAGUGCAAAACCAGGGAAUCACCUUAAUCGAAAAAAUACGGUAUGUUUUACACUUUUUUACCCUUCUUUUUAAUUAGAUAUCGAUGAAUGCAGCAACGGUAGCCAUGAUUGCCACCAAAAUGCAACUUGCAUAAAUACCCCUGGACAGUUUAAUUGCAGCUGUCAGUCAGGAUUUGCAGGAAAUGGCCGCCAAUGUCAUGGUAUAAUAUGGCCCGAUUUUCAAUUGAUCUGAAAGUUUAUGUCGAUCUUGAAUUAUGUUUUACAUUUUUUUACCCUUCUUUUUAAUUAGAUAUCGAUGAAUGCAGCAACGGUAGCCAUGAUUGCCACCAAAAUACAACUUGCAUAAAUACCCCUGGACAGUUUAAUUGCAGCUGUCAGUCAGGAUUUGCAGGAAAUGGCCGCCAAUGUCAUGGUAUAAUAUUGCCCGAUUUUCAAUUGAUCUGAAAGUUUAUGUCGAUCUUGAAUUAUGUUUUACAUUUUUUUUACCCUUCUUUUUAAUUAGAUAUCGAUGAAUGCAGCAACGGUAGCCAUGAUUGCCACCAAAAUGCAACUUGCAUAAAUACCCCUGGACAGUUUAAUUGCAGCUGUCAGUCAGGAUUUGCAGGAAAUGGCCGCCAAUGUCAUGGUAUAAUAUGGCCCGAUUUUCAAUUGAUCUGAAAGUUUAUGUCGAUCUUGAAUUAUGUUUUACAUUUUUUUACCCUUCUUUUUAAUUAGAUAUCGAUGAAUGCAGCAACGGUAGCCAUGAUUGCCACCAAAAUGCAACUUGCAUAAAUACCGUAUUUAUUCGAUUAACCGCCCUGGGCGCUUAUUAAAUUUUUGGACCUUGAGAGUGGGCGCUUAUUCGAGGUGGGCGCUUGUUCGAGGCUGGGCGCUUAUUAAAUUCUCAACAUUUUCAGCAAGUGUAGUAUGUGUAUUUUGCAACAAAACAAUAAAUGGUAAUAACAAAACGCGAAGAUGUAACAAAGCAAGGUUCCUGUAAAAUACUUCGAAGAAAACUCUGUCUUCGGGGAAGUCUCUUAUUCAAUUUUAGGGGUGGUCGCUAAUUUGAGUUUGAGUGGGAGUGGGAGGAAGGGGUGGUGGGGUGGGCGCUUAUUCGAGGCUGGGCGCUUAUUAACUUUUUCUGCCUUUAGGAUGGGCGCUUAUUCGAGGUGGGCGCUAAUUCGAAGUUGGGCGCUUAUUCGAAUAAAUACGGUACCCCUGGACAGUUUAAUUGCAGCUGUCAGUCAGGAUUUGCAAGAAAAGGCCGCCAAUGUCAUGGUAAAAUAUUGCCCGAUUUUCAAUUGAUCUGAAAGUUUAUGUCGAUCUUGAAUUAUGUUUUACAUUUUUUUACCUUUCUUUUUAAUUAGAUAUCGAUGAAUGCAGCAACGGUAGCCAUGAUUGCCACCAAAAUGCAACUUGCAUAAAUACCCCUGGACAGUUUAAUUGCAGCUGUCAGUCAGGAUUUGCAGGAAAUGGCCGCCAAUGUCAUGGUAUAAUAUUGCCCGAUUUUCAAUUGAUCUGAAAGUUUAUGUCGAUCUUCAAUUAUGUUUUACAUUUUUUUACCUUGUUUUUAAUGAGAUAUCGAUGAAUGCAGCAACGGUAGCCAUGAUUGCCACCAAAAUGCAACUUGCAUAAAUACCCCUGGACAGUUUAAUUGCAGCUGUCAGUCAGUAUUUGCAGGAAAUGGCCGCCAAUGUCAUGGUAUAAUAUUGACCGAUUUUUAAUUGAUCUGAAAGUUUAUGUCGAUCUUGAAUUACUGUAUUUAUUCGAAUAAGCGCCCAACCUCGAAUUACUGCCCACCUCGAAUAAGCGUCCAUCCUAAAGGCAAAAAAAGUUAAUAAGCGCCCAGCCUCGAAUAAGCGCCCACCCCCUCCUCCUCCCAAUGAAACUCAAAUAAAUGCUCACCUCCACCCCAUCCACUUGAGUGAAUAAGUUCUAAUAAGAGAGUUGUCCGAGGACCAAGUUUUCUUCAGAGUAUUUUACAGAAACCUUGCUUUGUUACUUCUUCGCGUUUUGUUAUUAGCAUUUAUCGUUUUGUUGCAAAAUAAACAUACUUCACUUGCUGAAAAUGGUGAAAAAUUAUUAAGCGCCCAGCCUCGAAUAAGCGCCCACUCUCAAGGUCCAAAAAUUUAAUAAGCGCCCAGGGCGGUUAAUCGAAUAAAUACGGUAUGUUUUACAUUUUUUUACCCUUCUUUUUAAUUAGAUAUCGAAGAAUGCAGCAACGGUAGCCAUGAUUGCCACCAAAAUGCAACUUGCAUAAAUACCCCUGGACGCUUUAAUUGCAGCUGUCAGUCAGGAUUUGCAGGAAAUGGCCGCCAAUGUCAUGGUAUAAUAUUGUCCGAUUUUCAAUUGAUCUGAAAGUUUAUGUCGAUCUUGAAUUAUGUUUUACAUUUUUUUACCCUUCUUUUUAAUUAGAUAUCGAUGAAUGCAGCAACGGUAGCCAUGAUUGCCACCAAAAUGCAACUUGUGCAAAUACCCCUGGACGCUUUAAUUGCAGCUGUCAAUCAGGAUUUGCAGGAAAUGGUCACCAAUGUCAUGGUAUAAUAUUGCCCGAUUUUCAAUUGAUCUGAAAGUUUAUGUCGAUCUUCAAUUAUGUUUUACAUUUUUUUACCUUUCUUUUUAAUUAGAUAUCGAUGAAUGCAACAACGGUAGCCAUGAUUGCCACCAAAAUGCAACUUGCAUAAAUACCCCUGGACAGUUUAAUUGCAGCUGUCAGUCAGGAUUCACGGGAGAUGGUCACCAUUGUUAUGGUAUGACUCACUUCUAAAGGGAAUUGCACUUAAAUUUGGAAUGGGUGAUAAAUCGUAAAACCGGCGACCAGCGCCAUGAAUGCAAACAAAGCCAAUGAGCCACAAUCGCCACAAACAUGUCUUGUGUUUAUACUCAGCUGGAAAGAAAUUCGUAUAAGGCCAGAAGUUACACUGCACUGUCAUGAUAACAAUAAUAUUUUACUUUUUUGUAUUGGAUCGGGAAUCUAAUUCUUUAAUCUUUAAUGUCUCGUAGCAAUAGCAGCCCUGCUUGUUACCAGCAAGGAAUUUGUGUUAAUAUUGCUAUGUAGGCACCUGUCAACCAGUUAUCUCCCGAAAAGGCAGUUAGUGACGUUUCGUAAUUUGCUUCUUCCUUAGCAAGAAAAUAAACUAUACUUGAACUUCCACCAAUUGCUUUUGCUUUAUGGUCUGAAUAUAUACGACAGGGUGGAUCGAAUUUUGAAAUUUCGACUUAAGAAGAGAUAAAAUUAUAGUUUAUGUUAUAGAAAGUAAAAAGAAACAAUCGCAUCUUCAUGAGAGACGUUCUACUAAGCCCUUCUUCCUCAAAUAUCUUGGAAUUACCGCGCCACUCCUUCUAAGCCAUAACACAAACAGUUACUGACAAGAAUCAGAUUCGUAGUUCCUGAGGACUCGCAGCAGCUAACCACAAAAUUCAAAAUUUAAAAAUACGCAGAUCAAUUCUUCCAUCACGAUUUUUUCGAUUUAUACGAGUUUUACGUAAAAUGGAUAUACAUCUAAUUAACUGAUUACUAAAUGGCGGACCCUAGAUGGUGGAUGGUUCCAGAUCUUUAUUUAUAAUAAAUGACGUCAUCGUGAUUGCACUGUGAAGUUAUUAAACCGAGAAAACAGCGAAACUGUUAGCUCGACUGAAGCGGUUGCUGCACACAUGCGGAGCCUAAUGUAGUAAGAUCGAAAGAGUUUUCCUAAACGAGAACGCAUCGAAGUGGGAGGAAAGGGAACAAUGUUCGAGCAGCGUUCUUUCAAGAAAUUUGUCAUGCUGUGUGAACUGCGUUAAGAAAAUGUCGUCACAAAGCAAUUGUCUUGUGCUCUUGGUAAUCAGGCCACAGAAACAUAUCGUUAUAAUGACGGACAAAAAUUAAUGGUUUUUGAGCGCAAAAAAAGACCACUUUCCUUAACCGUAUGAAGCUAUAAUUUGCAAACCAUGUACUACAAGUACUAAACUGCCAAUCUAGCAUUAAAAAAAAUGAUAGUCAAGGAUUUGAUCGUAGUAGCACUUUAAGGCGGACAGUAAUCCAUAAAAUAAACGACACUACUCCUCAACGCAGGUACUAUCAGCGUGGGCUUUUUAACCUUGAACAACCUUGGACUGUGAGCUAAUUAUUAAGAAACUAUAAACUAAUUAAUAUUAAGAAACCCGGCCAUACACAAGAUAAACCUUAAGAAUAACAAUUUUUUGUAAACAAAUCAUGUACUAAGUUAACCUGACUGCACAGUUGGCUUUCAAAGAAUAGACAGAAGCGUUCCGUCCGUUCUCUAAGAACGGCUGAGUAAGGAAUGAAAUAUAAAGACGAGGCAAUGGAUUAUAAACAACUUGUCCAGGUUUUGUCCGAUAUGCCUCUGACAAGAAUUGCCGCCGUGACAGCGAUCCUUUAAUUAUGUUUGAGCGGAUUAACUUUAAUAGACUUCAGUUUUCAUGUUUUAUUCAGUCCAAAUGUAGUUCAUGUGAUGUUACCCAAGAGAACCGUUUCUUUCAAAUUUCGGCAUUACAUUUAGCUGCACAUGUACGCAUAAUUAAAAAAGACAAAGGGAAAGGGGAAAAUUUCUUUGAUAACUGAUCACAUGACACAUUUGGGAAACAAAGGCAUACAAGCAGUUGUGCUUUAGUUGGUUGAACAUGAAAGUUUGCUAAAUGCAGUGCUCACCUUUAAUGAAAGUACAUUAAGAUGUAUUAUACUUUGGAUUUAUUAUGCCACACAUACUUCCUCUUUCAGACCUCUGUUAAUGGAAAAAGUCGGUAAAAUCUUAACCAUCUCAAGACCGUCAUCCACGCGCACUUUUAGGAUUCCACAUUAUAACGCCGAGUUAAACCACAUUUAAUUGUAUUUCUCUCGUACUUUGUGGGACCCGAGAUCACCCUAUGUCACCCGACACAUAUACAGCAGUGGUAAUUCUUCAAAUUUGGUCGCAAAUUGUCUUUGGUCAAACAAACAUUUACAAAAAUCACAACGAAAGUUUGGAAAGAGUUUUGCUGUUCCAGAAACCGGCAAAAAGUGAAAUGUAGCGUUUACGUCACAGCUGCGAAAAUAAUGAUUAUAAAUUUGCCAAAACUCUGGCAUUUUCAAAGUGUUCAGGAAAGAAACCGGCUUAAGGAAACUUAUUUAUUUCAGUGCUGAAUUGCUCUUAUUUGUUUUCUUUUCCAGAUUGUUCCAGUUAUCACUUUGAAAAAUACCAAGAUUUACCAACCAGAGGAGCUCACGCCGUGGAACAUUUCACCAUUAAUGGAAGUCUUUUUCUAGCUUUCGCCAACUAUAAAAGUGAAACCACCGAAAAAUAUAACACAGAUUCUUUUAUCUACAAGUUCAACGAUUUGACUGGAAAAUUCUUUCUUUACCAGACCAUAGGCACACAUGGAGGGCAUGACGUGGAAUAUUUUACAAUUUCUGGCGAACAUUAUCUUGCUGUUGCUAAUGUUGAAAAUGGAAGUACGUUCAGAUUGAACUCAGUUAUUUAUCAUUGGAAUGGAACGUUGUUUGUUGCCUUUCAAAACCUUGCAACUAAAGGAGGAGCCAGCUUUAAUUUUUUUACAAUAGCGAAAGAACCUUUUCUUACCGUAUGCAAUCUCUUUGAUGAUGUUACGAAAAGUAUCAACUCAACCAUCUACAAGUGGAAAAACAACACGUUUGAAAAGUUUCAGGAGAUAGCGACAGAGGGAUGUCGUGGAAGUGCUGCGUUUGUAAUUAACAAUGAAAGCUACAUUGCCUUUGCAAACGAGCUCACGUCGGCAACAUCAGUAGUUUAUAAGAGGGCUGGGAUGCACUUCGUCAAGCUGCAAGACCUUCAAAAGCAAAGUGCAUGGAAUGUAAAGUCCUUUUACAUUAAUGAUGAUGCGUUUCUCGCCACUGCCUCUCGACCCGCACAGUCGUUCAUUCGCAAGUGGAAUGGAAGUCAGUUUGUCCUAAAUCAGACUGUUCCUACUUACCGGGCCAGGGUCCUGCAUCCCUUUGUUAUGUGCGGUCAAACAUUUCUUGGUGCGGCUAAUCGGCUUAGGGGUGGCACCUACCACACAAAGUCAGUGGUGUAUCGGUUCUCUCAGGACCAGUUCACUGAAUACCAGAAGAUUUCAACUUUUGGAGCUAUUGAUAUGACGUCAUUUGAGCACAAGGGUUAUACUUACUUGGCAAUUGCU